GGCACUCUCUAGUUUAUGCUAGUGCUUGGACGAAGAAAGUCUUUGUUUAACAUGGAAGUAGAAAAUAAUAGUACGAAUGUUACGAAUAGUUCCAUUGAAGAUACGGACGUUAUUUCUAUGUACAAUCUCAAUCAAGAAGACAGUAACUGGAUUUUGACAAAUUCGUUUAUAAUUUUUACUAUGCAAACUGGUUUUGGCAUGUUAGAAUCUGGAUGUGUAUCUUUAAAAAAUGAAGUUAAUAUUAUGAUGAAAAAUGUAGUAGAUAUAGUACUUGGUGGAUUAACUUAUUGGGCAUUUGGUUUUGCAAUGAGUUUUGGAUCAAGCGGGUCAUACAAUUCUUUCAUCGGCUUGGGCGAUUUUCUUAUAGAUCCUUCUAUACAUGACAAACUUAUGGGCCCAAAAUGUGCUGCAUUUGUAUUUCAACUAAGUUUUGCAACUACCUCUACGACGAUUGUCAGCGGUGCUAUGGCCGAACGAUGUAAUUUCAAAGCAUAUUGUUUAUUUUCUUUUUUAAACACAAUUGUAUAUUGUGUACCAGCUGGAUGGAUAUGGGGUGACCAGGGAUUUUUAAAAAACUUGGGUGCUGUUGAUAUUGCUGGUUCAGGAGUAGUACACCUUGUUGGUGGUUGCUCCGCACUCGCAUGUGCCAUUAUGUUGGGGCCAAGAUUGGGCAGAUAUGACAAUGGAAUUGCCCCACUACCUCUUGGAAAUCCUGUCAAUGCUAUUAUGGGAUUAUUUGUGCUUUGGUGGGGCUGGUUAGCCUUUAACAGCGGUAGUACGUAUGGUGUUACUGGACAACGAUGGCAAUAUGCUGCAAGAGCAGCAGUUUCUACUAUGCUUGCAAGCAUGGGAGGUGGUUUAAUUGGUUUAGGUUUCAGUUUAACCAAUCCAAAUGGAAUUGAUAUUCUCAGUCAGAUAAAUGGUAUUCUAGGCGCCCUUGUUGCAGUUACAGGUGGUUGCUUCCUUUUUAGGGCCUGGGAAGCCAUAGUUGUUGGAAUGGUUGGCGCUUACAUUACAUGUUGUGUAAUGCCCUUGUUAGAUAAAAUGCAUAUCGAUGAUCCUGUUGGAGCUAGUGCAACACACGGAGCAAGUGGAAUUUGGGGCAUCAUUGCUAUUGGUUUAUUUGCAGAUAAUCCAUAUCCCCUUGAUACAACUAGUGGAAGAAAAGGACUAUUCAAGGGGGGUGGAUGGCACUUAUUUGGUGUACAAUGUUUAGCCGUUCUAUGUUUAGCAUUUUGGAGCUUUUUUACAUCUGUAACUUUAUUAUGGCUCAUAAAUAAACUUAUACCAAUUAGAAUGAGUAUUAAUGAAGAACUGCUUGGUGCAGACUUAGUAGAACAUCAAGUACGACACAUGCAGAUAGGCGUAAGUAGAGUUAUGUCUGCUCUUCGUCCACUUUCGCAAGAACAAAAAUUAAGUACUGUACAUCCAGUUGGAAUAAAUCCUGGUCACGAUUCCUAUAUCGAAAAACAUAAUCGUAAAAAUCGCAUGAAACGUGGAAAACGAUUAUCCGUCGGAAAAAAAUCGUUGAAAACUCCUCAAAUCGAUGCGAUUGCAAAUGCAGUAUUGACCGAACAGACUAAGCCGAAUUUUGCUUGGAUGGAUUGAUGUUU